AGCAGCUUCAACAAGUUCAGUUGUGCUGUCAUUCAUUCCUCUCCUCCCGGUAAACCCGGGGCUUUUUUAAACGACGGGUGAAGUAAUUAAGUCAUGUUCUUAGCGGACUACUUUUUGGGGAGCGGUAUUUGUUAACGGUGACGGACAGGUGUGCGGGGCAACCUGUUGGGGACCUGCUUUCUUUGACUCACGCCAGAACAACAGGUUGAAAGCAUGUCGACGCCGCACUUGUGAUGGGGAGAGAGGCUUGUGCGGGUGGUCCACAGCAGAUUGUGAAAUCCUACCUAUCAUGUGAAGGCUUUGGUUGUGGUUUGCCUGAGUGUGCGGGUGAGGGACAGAGACUGUGCAACAGAGGACUAAUCUUGGUAGCUUCCCCCUAGGGGCCCUGGCCUGUAAAAAUAUCCCCGUAACCCUGGAAUCAUGGAACCAUGACAGUCAUCACUUAUUCAAACGGUGUGGGGAGGCUUCAGAACCAAAUUCUGGUUCUUGAACACCCCUCAGCCUGCGGGAAUGUUCCCGAACCUGUGUCUGGGUUUCUAGAACCUGAAACCAAUCUGGACUCCUUGGAGAUUCAAGAACGCUAUGGGAUCAAACACAUAAAGGCGACUGAGGAGAAGAACCGUAAUAAAGAACAAAGCAUUCGAAGGAAGCUCCAAAGACCGGGCCGAGAGGUCAACAGCGACAGAAAAGAACAUAGAAAAGAUGUAAAAGGAUGUCCAAAGUUGGAAAAAGGAGAUGACAAGAAUGGGACAGAUCUCACAGUGACGUGUUCAUUUAGAGAAAAUGGGAGUGAAAUCCUGCGAAGAGAAAAAAUGACGCAGAACAAGCACCUCAGGCUUGUGUUUGCAUUUCCCCAUCAAAGCUUCGAUGAAGAAAAAACUGUGAUGAAUUUCAUGGGACUGAGGUGGCAUAAAGUCUUGCUCUGGUUACCUCUUCUCCUAUUAAGCCUCUGUCCUAAACCUGCUUCAUCACAGGGACAUUUCCCACGAAUGGAGAAUAUUGCAGCCUUCAAGCCUGUGUCCACCUCGCCUCCACGGUCCACCUGUGGCGUUCCGGAGCAGAGCAGCUACUGCCAGUCACCUUCCUCACGGGAUGAACUUAAUUUGUGUUUUCAAGCCAUGUGUGUCCAGGAGUGCCCUUACAGAUCCUCCACACCACCUUAUGCCCCACUGCUGUUUGCUGCUCACAGGGGUAACUGCGUAACUGAAGACACGGUCGACACUCGUCCUGGGACCCAGACAGAGGCUGGAAGCACAACAAGUUCAGGGGGACUGUCUGCUGGACCUGACAGUAUACUGUUUCAGCCAGGCAAAAAUGGAUGUCUGGUCACGCCUCCUUCACAGGCAGUGGGACCACGUGGGUCCCUCACCUUGGCAGUGUGGUUAAACCCAAGCUCCACUGGAGAGAUGAUGCUACUGGAGAAGAGCUCAGAGGAGGGCUUGGUUUUUUCUUUGACAGUGUCGGAGCGGGGUGUAACCUUCCGACAUGGUCAGACCAACAGUCUAACCUCCCUGACUGUAAGCUUCAGAACAGAAGGCCGGCUGCAGCUGGACAAGUGGACACAUCUUACAUUGCAGAUCUAUGACCAAAGUGCAAGUCUUUUCCUGGAUGGUCUUGAGGAGGAUGGGACACCCUUUGACACAAAACAUCUGAUCAGCACACUUUCUGAUAUCAGCGAGUAUGGCGCCAUGUGGGUGGGACUUAGCUCCAAUGGGUCUAAUCAGUUCAUUGGCCGCAUGUGGGACUUUAGAUUUUAUCCCGCUACAUUGACCAACAGGGAAAUAGUCCAGUUGUACUCUGGAGUCUUGCCGAAGCUCCAUGUCCAAUCUGAGUGUCGCUGUCCUCCCAGCCACCCCAGAGUACACCCGUUAGUUGAGAGGUACUGCAUUCCUAAUGCUGUUGAAGACACCACUAAUGACAGGGUCUUGAGACUGAACCUCAAUGCUCAUCCACUUAGUUACAUCAAUGACCAGGACAUGGGCACCAUGUGGCUGUCUAAAGUCAUGAGUUUACAAGAACUGGAUGAAGGAGUCACGGUUACAGUGGAUUUGGCUAAUGGACAAUACCAGGUCUUCUACGUUAUAGUUCAGUUCAGGGGACCUUUGCCUGAGUCGAUUUUGAUCCAGAGAAGAAAGCUCGACUUUUCAUUGCUUGAGACUGGUAUUAUGACAGAACAACCGUGGUUGGACUGGCAGUAUAUGGCCAAAAACUGCAAUGUGUUUGAUAUGCAGAACAGCGGACCACUACCAAGACCAGACUCGGUCAACUGUCUGCAGAUGCCCAGUGAUUUGCCACUUUCAGGAGGUAACAUCACCUUUAGUCUGCUGACCGCACAGCCACAUCUGAGACCGGGAUAUAACGACUUCUACAAAACUCCUGCCCUGCAAGAGAUGGUACUAGCUGCACAGGUCAGAAUUCACAUGAAAUGGCAAUACCAUACCGGAGCAGUCGGGGUCAACCAGCUACACAGACACUUUGCCAUCAGUGAAAUCACAAUCAGUGGCAGAUGUGAGUGUCACGGCCAUGCAGACCAGUGUGACACCAGUGUGACCCCGUACCGCUGCCUGUGUCUACCUGAGAGCCACACAGUCGGAAAUAACUGCGAGUAUUGUGCACCACUCUAUAAUGACAAGCCCUUCAGGGCAGGUGAUCAGCUCCAGCCUAUGAACUGCCGACUUUGUCAGUGUUAUGGGCAUGCCGUCUCUUGUCAUUAUGAUGUCCUAGCUGAUGAGCAUCCAGAUGAGCACUAUCGAGGAGGAGGGGGAGUCUGUGACCACUGCAUGCACAACACUACAGGAAAGAACUGUGAGUACUGUACAAGUGGAUUCUUCAGGCAGCAGGACUCUGAUCCAAGCUCAGCUCAUGUGUGUCAGCCCUGCAAAUGCAAUGCUGCUGGAACCGUCAAAGGUAACACAGAGUGUGCUCAGGUUGGAGGACAGUGUAACUGCAAGGCUGCAGUAACAGGCCGUGAAUGUGCUCACUGUUUGCCUGGUUGGUAUGGUCUCAAUGCUACAAAUCCACAUGGCUGCACAUCCUGUAACUGUAGUGACCAAGGCACUGUGAGCACCUUCACAGGAGCAGUUUCCAUUUGCAACCAGUACACAGGGCAGUGUCAGUGCAAACAACAUGUCACAGGUUUGUCAUGUGACCGCUGUGAGUUUGGAUAUUGGAACCUUUCCCACCCAGAUGGCUGCAUCCCAUGUGACUGUGACCCCUUAGGUUCCCUCAGUUCAUUUUGUGAGCCCGAUGGGGGGCAGUGCGAGUGUAAGCCUGGGGUGGGAGGCCGGCAAUGUGAUUCAUGCGGCAGGGGCUUGUAUGGAUUAAGGCUCGAGGGAUCCUGUGCCCCCUGCAACUGCUCACGUGACGGUACGGUACCUGGGACAAACUGUGAUCCGUACACGGGCCAGUGUGUGUGUAAGGAACAUGUAGAGGGCCACCAUUGUGAUUCAUGCCGUCAUGGUUAUCACACCCUGGAGCAGCGCAACAGCCUGGGCUGCCUGCCGUGUGUGUGUGACAUAAGUGGAACUGUGUCACAGGGUGUGUGUGAUAUGAAGACUGGACAAUGCCCCUGCAAGGAAGGAGUGGAGGGUGCCCACUGUACCAGCUGUGUUCAAAACUACUACAACAGCAGUUUAGACAUGGAGAGAGGGUUGUCUCAGGGCUGUGUGCCAUGUAUCUGCGACCCCAGGGGAACGGUGACAGGGUCAACGUGUGACAGCACCACGGGGCAAUGUGUUUGUAUCCCAUCACGACAUGGGAAGGACUGCAGUAGCUGCCGACCUGGCUUCUACCUCACUCCAGAUUACAGCAUGUGUUUGGAGUGUGACUGCCAUCCUAUGGGAGCAAUGCAGCUUAGUUGUGAGAGCCAGGAUGGACAGUGUGUCUGUGCUCAUCCCUCAGUGGGAGGAAGACGCUGUGACCAAUGCCAUGAGAUGUUCUUUGGAUUUAAUCCUGGUCUGGGAAGAUGCCAGCCUUGUGCAUGUGACCCAGUGGGCAGUGUCAAUAGUUUAUGUCAUCCAGACACAGGAGUAUGCAUGUGUAAGCUGCUGGUAACUGGAGACAAGUGUGAUUCAUGCCAGCCUGGAGCAAGUCAUUUUGAUCCUGAAAACCCUUUUGGAUGCAGCAAAGCCCCCUCCCAGCAGCCUGCACCAAUUGGUUUGGCUCUUAGUUACUCCUCAAUCCAUCUUUCAUGGUAUCCACCUGAUUCCCCAAAUUCGCACAGACUCAACUACACCCUCCUAAGGGAUGGACAGCCAGUUCAUACCAUCCAGAGACAAUUUCCUUUCAGUCUUGAGUCCUUUGAGGACAGGGGUUUGUUUCCCUUUACUAACUUCUCCUACUGGCUCAUAACAGCUAAUGUAGCUGGUGAGACAAUAAGUGCGUCAGCCUCCUACCAAACUUUAGGAGCACCACCCUUUGCAGAACAGCUUCAUUUAAACCUCCUUGGACGACCAGGUCCAACCAGUGCAAGCUUUAACUGGAGCAUACCAACAAAUGAUAUAGGCCCAGUCGAGAGGUUUGUGUUAUCAUCAGUGGAGUCACCCAGUGAAGCAGAGCCGGUUAUUCACUACACAGGUUUAUCUACAGAGGCUGUGGCAAGCGGUUUAAAGUCCUUCACACAGUACUCUGUAACACUGGAGGCAUGUGCUUCUGGGGGCUGCACCUCAAGCCCUCCACUGUCUCUUCUGACAGCUGCUGCACCUCCACAGAACCAGUCUGUGCCCAGCAUCACUGCUACAGGACCUCAUACACUGCAUGCUUCUUGGGAGCCCCCCAGCCAACCCAAUGGUGUUAUCACAAAGUAUGAGGUCUUUCUCCGUGGACCACUGGAAGCAAACAAUGUAUCCGCUUUUAAUUCCGAGAAGAAAGUUUUCUCCAGCUCCGGAUGGCUGGAUCCAAGUGUCUUUCCAGAAGGAAAUCCAACUAAAAGGAGUAUGUUGUCCCCUCCUGAAAGUAGUGCCAUCAUAGAGGGUCUUCAUGCAUUUUCAGCAUAUCAGCUGAGAGUCGUAAGCAUCAACAGAGCCGGAAAUGCCACAUCAGAAUGGACCACAGCACACACCUUGGAGGGAGUCCCAGAGUUUGUCGCUCCUCCAGAUGUUUCUGCGCUGUCACCCACCAGCCUCAACGUUACGUGGAACUCUACUGAGGGCCACGGCAUCAUCGCCAGAGGACCAGUCACAGAGUACAGAGUCAACUUACUAACUGAGCAAACCACCAAUCCCUAUGCUCCUCCGGUUGUUAGUCAGGUUUUGCAUAGGAUGGGAGGCUCAUCACUGCCUGUUCACAUAGUCGAAGGACUGGAGCCCUACCACGUUUACAACUUCACUGUCACACUGUGCACAAGAAUGGGUUGCAUUACGAGUCUGCCAAGCACAGGUCGCACCUUACCAGCAGUGCCUGCAGGAUUGUCUUCACCUCGAUUACAUUCUGUAAAUGAAACCACUAUUCAGAUAGACUGGGAUCCUCCAGAUCAACUUAAUGGACCAAGUCCACUUUAUCAGGUAGAGAGGACAGACGUAUCACUCUCUGACCCACAAGAACCAGUUGUUAGAGGAACCAGAUUUCCAGGGAAUGGUUAUUACGAGUUUCCCAGUAACACUCUACCCAGCAACACUGAUUUUACAGGUGUUAAACUGAGUUUCAGGACUUGGUCUCCAGAUGGUCUCCUGCUUUGUGCCUUCUCUCCAGAUCAGGAGGAGUUUUUGGCCAUCCAAAUAAAAAAUGGACGACCAUACUUUUUGUUUGAUCCUCAGGGCUCAGCAGUGGCUGUAGGUGUACAGGGGGACAGGGAACGGCGCUACAAUGAUGGCCAGUGGCACAGUAUAGUAGCAACCAGGCAAAGGGCCGUGGGAACAAUCGUCAUAAACCAUCAGUAUAGCGGAAGUGCAUCAGCUUCCAGCGGGAACAGCAUUAUUGGUGAAAACAUGGGAUUGUUCAUUGGAGGCCUGCCAGAAGAUUUUACUCUUGUAAGAGAUGAUUCAGGGGAUACCCAACUGGUGCAGAGGGGCUUCUCUGGCUGCCUCAGAGACAUAAGUGUUAAGAUGACUGACAGCCCUUUAGAGAAAUGGAAAUUACUGGAUUGGAAAAAAGCUACAAAGAAGGUGGAAGUGUAUGAAAGCUGGGAAGGAUGUCCUCUUCAAACUGUGGAAGGAGUCCAUUUUCUGGGUGAUGGCUACCUGGAGUUAAACACAGAUGUGUUCAGUGGAGGACACAACUUUGACAUUUCAAUAGAUUUCAGAACUGACCAGCUCAGUGCACUGUUGCUGUUUACAUACAGCACACAAACGGAAGAUUACAUGCUUGUGGAACUGGAAGCUGGUCUUUUGUCCUUUAUUCUUGCGUUUGGUGGCCACACAACUGAACUCCGCAUGUGGGUUGGACUUAGCUACUGUGACGGUGGCUGGAAACAGUUGUCACUGGCAAAACAGGGCUCUCUCAUCUCUGCUGCAGUGGAUGAGUGGGCCGAGGAAAUGAGGGGAAUGGGAGGGGCAGCAAGCUUGAGAGUUGAUUCACCGUUGUACUUGGGUGGUGUUCCGACUGAACUCUUGCAUCCUGCUCUGAAUGUUCAAAGUCACAAACAUGGGCUUGGAGGAUGUGUACGCCGUCUAACUGUUCGCAGUGAUGCACGAACCCCUUCUGUCAGUCGCAGUAUUAAUCUCUCAGUUACUUACUGCCGCUCGGUGAGGGUCAACUUAGAUGGCUGUCCUACCAGUGAAAGCCGGUUUAACUGCAGAGGAAACGAUUCAGUGCUUGUGUACACUGGGAGACAGACACAAGCUACAGAUUAUGGCUUGCAGCCUUUUACAGAAUACUUGUACAGGUUUGUCACCUUGGCUCCAGGAGGUUUGGCAGCAUCACCGUGGCAGAGAGCUCGGAGCUGUGGUAAAGUACCUACAUUUGUACAACCUCCAGCCACAGUGCAAAGUAUCAGUGGCUUCAGGGCCCAGGUGAGCUGGUUGCCACCCACAGGCGACAUCAGAGGGCUUAUUGACAGAUAUGUGCUUAAAGCCUACAAUAAGGACCAUCCAGAAGUACCACCUAUCACAGCCACAUUUCUAGCUAAUGGAAAUUUCACAGGUGUGAUGACUGGUCUCACUCCAUCAACCCAUUACAUUGUCACCGUAAGUGCAUGUAGCCCUGCUGGCUGCACUGAGAGUCCUGUUGGUAACAGUGGUGGUGACAAUGAUGUAAGAUCAAGCUUCAAAACCCCAGAAGAAGUUCCAGAUGCGGUCUAUCCUCCAUUUGUAAUCUCAUCUCCUUCAGCUUUGUUUUUAACCUGGGAGCCUCCAGCAAGGCCAAAUGGAGACAUUACUGAGUACCUACUUUAUCACAACAGUGAAAUGGUCUACAGAGGAAGAAACAGGCAGCAUAACAUCACUGGUCUGGGUGUGUACUCAACUAACUUCUUGGUACUGAGUGCUUGCACUAAAGUGGGCUGUGCCAACAGUUCACAAGUUACAGCUCUGACCUCUCAGCUUCCACCUGGACCUCUACGUGCACCAGGUCUUACGUUGCUGGACUCUCGAACUAUAUUUGUGGAGUGGUCACGUCCCUCUCAAAUAAAUGGUGUUUUGAAGUUCUAUUCCAUCUUCCUGUCACAUGAUGGUUCAGAGCCCAUGCUGACCUAUAACAGCUCAGAGCUGACUGAGGAACACACUCUCCGCAACCUAACUCCAGGAACAUUUUACUCCGUCACAGUGGCCGCCUGCACAGGAGGUGGGUGCACCAUAAGCCCUCCGAGCCAUGUCCAGACAGAGGAGAGUACACCGGAGAAUGUUCCUGCACCGCUGGUCAUCCCUCUGUCCCCGCAUUCACUCAACAUCAGCUGGACUCCUCCUGAGACUCCAAAUGGUGUAAUAACAAGCUACGGUCUCUGGAUGGAUGGAGUGCUUGUUUUCAACACGAGUUCCUCUCAGAGUUUCUUCAUAGUGGAAGGACUUUCUCCAUGGAGCCGACAUGUAGUUAGACUGCAAGCAUGCACAGCACAGGGCUGUGGCAAAGGACCAAUGGUGGAGUCACAUACAUUAGAGAUGGCCCCAGAAGGCCCUAUACUGCUAGAGUUGACCAAUCAGAGUUCUAGACAUCUCCGAGCCCGCUGGACCGCCCCUCCUAGAGCAAAUGGGAACCUCCACUACACACUGUACUACAAAAGCAAAGAUGGUCAUGGUGUGCUGGACGGAGGAUCAGCCGCGGGUGUUUGGUUGUCUGUGUCUGACCUACAGCCUUACACAAACUACAGUUUCUGGAUCAGAGGAUGUAACACACAGGGUUGUGUUGAAAGCCUGCCACUCAUUGUUACUACACCCCCAGCAGCCCCAGAUGGAUUGUCGCCUCUGACUUUAGUUAAUGCAACCAGUACCAGUCUAAAUGUAUCGUGGUCUGCACCAGUCAGCCCCAACGCACCGGGCCCACUCCUAUACAGCUUGCAGAUGAGAACAUCUCCACAGGGCUCUAUCAUAAGGCUUUUGGAAAAUGCAACAGACAACCACUCCUAUUAUGUUGAGGGUUUGUCACCAUUCACAAACUACCUGUUCAGAGUGGUUGCUUCACAUACUCAUGGGCAGACAGUGGGGCCUUGGGCAACCCUUCGCACAGCAGAGGAUCGUCCAGGACCAAUAGACACACCAGCCAUUAUGGGACUUCAUUCUCGGAGUGCAUUAGUUACCUGGGAUCCUCCAGCACAAACAAAUGGAAUUAUUGCAAAUUAUACCCUUUAUCUUUACUCAGGCUCCAUCACUUCUUCAGAUUAUAAACCUAAUUCAGUCACCAGCACCAGCUCUACCUACAGCUCCGAUGUAUCAUCUAAAUCAAGUCUGACAUCAAGCAUUGAUGGAACACUCCAUAAUUCAGAUUUUAACUUGUUGACAUUGUCAAAUCCUAGUAGACCUAGGGGCCCAAGCCACAACUCUGUGUCUUCUGCAAAUUAUAACAACUCAAGCACAAUCAAAGAAAAUGCACACAUCAUCCAUUUCUCCACCACAAGGCCUGUUAUUGUUGAAAAGAAUCAGACGGAGUCAUUUAGUGAGAACACUGGAAGUCAUGACCAUAGUAUUAUGUUAUUCAAACCUGCUGAGCCCAACACCAGCAGUGUAAAUCCAGACUUCUCACUGUCAUCGCCAAAUUAUAUCACAAGCAGCUUUAAUCCUGAUAAUUUUGUUACACAAGAGCCACUCACCAGCCCCAUCUCCAGUUCUUUUGCCUCAGCAUCAAGAUCUCCUCCACUGUCCAUCACUGUUCCUGGAAACACCACCUGUUACACUUUCCCCAACCUACUUCCCUACGAAACGUUCAGCCUCCAGGUGAGAGCAUGCACAAAUGUUGGUUGCUCAGUGUCUGGGAUGUCUCAGUAUUUCCAGACCCUCCCAGCUCCACCUGAAGGGGUGCCAGCACCUCACCUUCACUCUGACACACCAACCUCUGUUCUCUUGUCCUGGGGUGCACCAGAACGAAGUAAUGGACCACUAGAACGCUGGGAGAUUGAGCGCAGAGUUGCUGGAACCAAACAAAUCUCCACAGUAGGCCAUCUUCUGCCAGUUCCUCCCCCUCUUUCGUUUGUCGACUCCUCAUCAGCUCUCAGUCCUUGGACGGGCUACCAGUAUCGGCUUGUGCUUCAUAACGAGGCAGGAAAGGCGACAGGGCCCUGGGUCAGUGUCACCACCAGACCUUCUCGGCCAGCUGGACUGAGUCCCCCAAGAGUGAAAGUUCUUGGAUCACAGUCGCUUCAAGUUACAUGGUCGCCUCCUUUGAUUCCCAAUGGAGAGAUUCAUGGAUAUGAAAUCCGUCUCCCGGAUCCUCGAAUUUUUCAUGACACCAUCAAAUCCUCUGAGCUCAAUGUCACCGUAACGGACCUUGUUCCGUACACAAAUUACACUAUCACUGUGCUGGCAUGUUCAAAUGGUGGAGGAUAUGUUGGUGGAUGCACGGAAAGCCCUCCAACUCCUGCUUCCACAUUACCUACGAAACCUGAAGGCCUUGCACCUCUUUCAAUCGUGCCAGUCAGUGAAUCGUUUCUGGCAAUUUCCUGGCAACCACCAAGUCGCCCAAAUGGACCCAACAUCAGAUACAAGUUGCUCAGACGUAAAAUCCACCAGCCCCUGGCCGUCGCCAUGGUCCCCACAUUAGCAGCCACUUUCCCACCCCCCACUGAAGAUCUCCAUCGCUGGUUCCAUGUUUACUCCGGCACCAAAUUGUUCUAUGAAGAUAAAGGCCUAAGCAGAUUCACCUGUUACCAGUACCAGCUCGUGGUUUAUAAUGACGUGGGCUACACUUCAGGAGAUGUUGUUACUGCAGUUACAAUGGCAGGGGUUCCCCUCAAACCUCCUACAUUGUCUGCUCAUGCUAUCAAUCACACAGCUGUUCAAGUCAACUGGAAUAAACCUUCUCUACAAGACCUGCAGGGAGAGGUGGACUCAUUCUUUCUCACAGUAAACUCUUCCAAGUCAGGUCUGGUGAUGGCUUAUGGACCUAAGGUGAUGUCGGCUGUGAUAGAAGACCUUAAGCCGAGUACAACAUAUCUGAUAUCACUACAGGUGUUCAAUGGUGCACAUAACACAACUAAAGCAGUGGUUAACGUCACCACAUCUGAUGGAGAGCCAGAAGGGAUGUCUGCCCCAGAAGUGGUUCCGGUAAACGGCAGCAUGGCACGUGUCCUUUGGUUCCCCCCUCAUCGACCCAAUGGAGCAGUUACUGGUUACAGCAUCUACGUUAAUGAUCACCUUCAUGGCAGUGUAGACAACAGCUCCGGUUCAUACCUUCUGGGGGACCUGCUGCCUUUUACAGUCUACAAUAUACAAGUGGAGGUGUGCACAGAGUAUGCAUGUACUCGUAGUAAUAUUACCAAAACAACCACUGUAGAAGACAUGCCAGCUGACCUGGACAGUCCUCAUGUACAAGUAAUCAGUCCCAGAGUGGUGAGAUUACAUUGGGCCGUUCCGGGCAAACCCAAUGGGAUCAUGCUGGGCUACGAGGUUUUAAGACGGACCCUUAGAUCAUGCUCUGAUGAGUCAACAGGGGUAACACCCUCCUCAGAUGGUGCCCUUGGUUCAACGCUGAAAUGUUCCUACCUGGAGUGUCCUGCCGGUCAAAGCGUGUGCGGGACAUCCUGCUUUCAUCCUGAAACACAGAUAUGCUGCAGUGGAAUACUGCAUGCAAGAAAGCCACAUCAUCAUUGCUGUGAUGAACAUUAUUUUAGUUGGAAUGAUUCGUUCAAUCCUGUUUGCUGCAAUGGCAAACUCGUCCCAUUUCGCCCCAAUCACCAGUGCUGUGGAGGAUACUAUGUAGUCGUAAAAAACAAUGAAUACUGCUGUCCUGACCACUUGCAGGGCCGGGUCUCCGUGGGGCCUGGUGACAGCUGCUGUGGGGGGGUUCCUUAUUCCAUGACAGGCGGCCAGCUUUGCUGCAGUGGGAGGCUGCAUGAUGGCUAUGGGUUCCAGUGCUGCGGAGGCCGCAUAGUAGAUGCCAUCUUGGUUUGCUGCGAUGAUGCUGUACAUACAUAUAAACCAGGUUUUGUCUGCUGCGGAAAAGAGUAUAUAAACUCUUCAACAUCUCUUUGCUGUGUGAACAACAACGGAUCUCCCACAAUUCACCCUUCUGGCAAUGCCACAGUGACGCUGCAAUGCUGUGGGUCAAAGGUCAUACAUCUGGAUGAAGAAUGCUGCAAUGGAGUUGGCUUUGACCCCCAAAGACACGUUUGUGCCGAUCGAGCCACGGCUGGACUGCUGAUACCGCACCAGUGUUUUCAGGGUGCCGUGUGUCCUGUGGCGGCUGCAGCUACCGCUUACUGUGGCUCCUGUGACCUUGAUCCAUCUCUGACUGCCUGCACUUGGGUCCUGACUGCACACCCACACCCCGACACACAAUCUGCAACACAACUGCCAUUCAUCAGCGGCUCCCUGGAACCCCUCACCACUGUCCUUUCAGGACAUAGAAACAGAAGUAAAAACAAUAACAAAAUAGUUGACAGAAACAGUCACACAAAAUCUGAGAAAACAGAAACAGGAGGAAAUCUUUGCCAGACACAUGAAGAGGUGGUGUACAGCGGUGAUGCCAAUGUUUACACAUAUACAGAUACUGAUCUUGAGCCCUUUACAAAGUAUGAGUAUCGAGUGAGGGGCUGGAACAGCUUCGGCCCGGGCUCCAGUGAUGUUACGACAGUGACGACCAGUGAAGACAAACCUUGGGGAGUGGCCCCACCCCGCUGGAGUCGCCUAGACGAACGAGAUGACAUCAUCCAGCUGCAAUGGCAAGCUCCUGCUAGACCUAACGGCAUCAUAACCCAUUAUCUCGUGCUGCGAGAUGGACAGGAACGUUACCGUGGAGAUGAAAAAACAUUUACUGAUGUCAGAGGGAUCAGGCCUUUUCAGGAGUUCAUCUAUCAAUUAAGGGCCUGUAACCAGGCUGGCUGUACUGAUAGCACUAAGGUGGUGGCAGUGACGGCCCAGGGAGUCCCACAGGACAUGAAGGCUCCAGUGGUAACCGCUGUUAGUUCCUCCUCUCUCAAGGUGAACUGGUCUGUCCCUUCUCGUCCAAAUGGAGUCAUCCGGAGGUACCAUCUGAAUCAGACUGGUGUGGGAACCAUAUUCACACACAGUGGUGGACUUAGAAAUUAUACUGUGACAGGUUUGCAGCCAUACACAGACUACACCUUUGUGGUGGCAGCCUGUACGGCUGUAGGAUGUGCAGCCAGCGAACCAUCCACCGGACGCACCCUGCAAGCCUCGCCCCUUGGUGUGUGGUCAAGCCCCAGACACCUGAUAAUAAACACCUCCACUGUGGAACUGUUCUGGGAUCAGCCGUCUCAGCCUAAUGGACACAUCUUCCGGUACAGGCUUAUAAGAGACGGUCGCACGGUUUUUACCGGGGAUCACAGGGACCAGAAUUAUACCGACACUGGACUCCUGCCAAAACACAGGUAUUUCUAUGAGCUGGAGGCUAGUACAGCAGGUGGCAUUGGUUUGAGUGACAAAUAUGCUAUACAGAUGCCAGUGUCCUGCCCCAGUGGGAUCCCACCCCCCUACAACAUGACAGUUUUAGGGCCUUACUCCAUAUCACUUACCUGGUCCCACCCUGCUCAGCUAAACAGCAGCCAGCCUGUGUUCUACAGUGUCCUGUUAAAUCCAGGAAGUCGCAAUGCCAUAAGUCGGUAUGCUGGGGAAGACUUGCACCUCUCUGUGACGGAUCUAGAGCCUUUCACCACUUACUACAUAAGAGUGCAGGCCUGUCAAGAUGAGGGAUGUGGAGUCGGAGAGGGUGUCUACCUCCGUACUUUAGAGAAAACCCCAGAAGGUCUGCAGCCCCCUACAGCAAAGGCACUAGGGUCUAGUGUUUUGGAGAUCCAGUGGACACCUCCAAAGAAACCGAAUGGGCUCAUCACUUCCUACCAUAUAUACAGACGACCAUUAGGAACAGAGGAGGAGCUGCUGGUUUUUAUUUGGUCUACCGGGCCACUUGAAUUUGUUGAUGCCAGCCCCACCCUGCAACCAUUCAGCUUCUUCCAGUACAAGGUUCGCGCUCACAAUUCCAAAGGCUCAGUUGUGAGUGAGUGGGCUCUAGCCCAAACUUUACAGGCAAAGCCACAAGAACUGGCACCCCCUGUUGUCAAACCCACUGGCGCAUAUUCCGUCUACAUGAGAUGGAGUGAACCAGGAAAGCCCAAUGGUCUUAUUUCCCAUUAUAGACUGGUUUACAUGAAGCACCAGCAAGACCCAACUCUCAACUCAACUAUUUUUACAGCUCUCACCGUAGAGGGUUCAGUGCUGGAGGCAGCAGUCUUUGGUCUUGACCCCUACAGUCGGUACAGUCUCCGUGUGGAAGCUGUGAAUGGGGCAGGCAGUGUUUCCAGUCCAUGGGUGGAGGUCAUGACCCUGGAGGCUUCUCCGACUGGCCUGGGAAACAUCACAGUGGAGCAGAGAGAGGAGGGCAGAGCGUUGCUGCUCAGCUGGGAUGAGCCACGCACUCCAAAUGGAGUAAUCACGAUGUAUAAUUUGUACAGUGAGGGGAACCUGGAGUUCAGCGGGCUAUUGCGGAGUUUCGUGUUCCGUCGUUUGGAGCCAUGGACCGUUUACUCUCUGAUUCUUGAAGCCUGUACCGCAGCAGGCUGCACGCACAGCCCUCCUCAGCACAUCAUCACAGCAGCGGCGCCACCUGCUUCCCAGCGGCCCCCCAGGCCUCUUUCAGUCGGCCCCGACCAUGUGUCGCUUACUUGGUACCCUCCCUCACAACCCAAUGGGCCGAUUGGAGAAUAUUUUUUGCUUGGAAGGAAUUUGGAUGAGAUGGGGAGGUUACGAAACAAUGAAGAGGAUACCGAUGGGGGAAAGGUGCUCUUCACAGAAACAUCCCCGCAGAAAGCUGAGUCCUUCUCCUACACAGUAACUGAUUUGCGCCCCUGGACCCAAUACGAGUUCAGCAUCUGUACUCACAACCCAGCCGGACACACCUGCAGCCCCUGGGUAAAUGUAACAACUAAACAAGCCCCCCCUCGUGGCCUAGGCCCUCCAACUGUGAGUCACGUCCAGGGCCGGCCAAGUGAGGUGGUCAUAUCCUGGGCUCCUCCGUUGGAGGCAAACGGGGUUUUACAGUCCUACAGGAUACAGAGAAACAAUGUCAGUUUCUCAUUCAGUUUUGACCCGAAUGUCCUGACCUACACAGAUGAAAACCUGCAUCCAUUUUCACUAUAUAGCUAUUCAGUGACAGCCUGCACCUCUGAGGGGUGUAUAACCAGCCCCCAGACCAACAUCACAACGCUAGAAGCUCCACCUGCUGUGGUGGAAGCCCCCGCAGUGGACGCCAUAACUUCUGAUCAUAUAAACAUUUCAUGGAGUAAACCGCUGAUGCUGAACGGAGAGGUGACAGAAUAUGUCCUGAAACUGAACAACAAGGAGGCUUAUCGAGGGAGAGACCUCAAAACGGCGCUGUCAGGUCUGCAGCCAUAUACGUCCUAUCAACUGGUUCUGUUGGCUUGUACCAGAGGUGGCUGCACUACCAGCAACACAAUAACCGUAGUUACUGAGGAAGCUCCCCCAACUCACCUGGCUCCCCCAACUCUUAAGGUUACUGGCCCCGAGUCAGUUGAGAUCACCUGGAGACCACCCAAUCAUCCUAAUGGGAUCAUCACUGGGUAUGAGCUCUCCAGAGAUGGUGAAGUUAUCUAUGUUGGCACAGACACCCAUUAUCAUGACUUCACUCUUCUGCCAAGCAAGGAGUACAGCUAUAUUGUCAGGGCCAACAACAGCAGAGGGGCUGUCAGCAGCAACGUAGCCACAGCAAAGACUCAUUCAUCAGCUCCGUCUGGUGUGGGCUUCCCAACACUAACAUCACUGGAGGCAACCCAGGUUAGAGUAGAGUGGCAGACGCCAGCUAGACCUAAUGGAGACAUUGUGAGGUACACUGUGUAUCUGAGAGAUCCAGUCCAGUCUAACAUCACCAGUGCUGUCUUCACUCCAGAGGACAAAGCCUUUUCUGACAAACAAAUCAUUCUGCGUGGGCUGGGUCCUUACCAUAGGUAUGAAGUAAGGGUAGAGGCUUGCACAGUGCUGGGCUGUUCCUCCAGUGACUGGUCCUCAGUACUCACGCUGGAGGCUCCCCCUACUGGUCAGCGGGCACCACUUUUAGAUCUCACAUCUGACCCUCAUACCGGCCUGCAGACAAGCUUUCUUCUCACCUGGUCCCCCCCGGCCCAGGCGAAUGGUAGGAUCAUUCAUUACGUGGUCCACCGCAGGCUGAACGCCUCAGACAGAGACGAGACGGGUUCAUCAACAGUUGUUUACAAGAAUGUCUCUACAUCAUUCAAAGACAGCGGACUCCAGCCUUACACGGCAUACCAGUACCAGGUAAAAAGUGUGUUUUGA